CCCGGACCGCCUCCUCGUCGUCUCCGCGGGGGUCAUCGCCAACCUCAUCUUCGCCUUCCUCAUCAUCUACGCCCAGGCGGUCACCGUCGGCGUCCCCGUCCAGGCGCUGCUCUCCGGCGUCCUCGUCCCCGACGUCGUGCCCGGCUCCGCCGCCGCGCGCUCCGGGCUGCUCGCCGGCGAUGUCAUCCUCGCCGUCCCCGGCGCCGCGCCGGACCCGUCCGUGCCGGCCCUGGUCGACCUCAUCAAAUCCAGCCCCAACAAGAAGGUCCUCCUCAAGGUGUCAAGAGCCGGGCCUGCGGCCGGGGACAAGCCGCAGUUCCUCGACCUCACCGUCGUGCCGGACACGAGCGUCGACGGGACGGGGCGCAUCGGCGUGCAGCUGUCGCCCAACUACCGGGCCACGCGCGUGCACCCAAGGAACGCGUCCGAGGCCACCGUCCUCGCCGUGCGCGAGUUCAGGGCGCUGGGCGGGGCCGUGCUCGACGGGCUCCGGCAGACGUUCCUCAACUUCUCGCAGACGGCGGAGAAGGUGUCGGGCCCGGUCGCCAUAAUCGCCGUCGGCGCGGAGGUGGCGAGGUCGAGCGCCGACGGGCUGUUCCAGUUCGCGGCGAUCAUCAACCUCAACCUCGCGGCGAUCAACCUGCUGCCGCUGCCGGCGUUGGACGGCGGGACGCUGGCGCUGAUCCUUCUGGAGGCGGCCCGCGGCGGGCAGAAGAUCCCCCGUGAGAUCGAGCGGAGGAUAAUGUCGUCGGGGAUAUUGCUGGUGCUCAUGGUCAGCAUGUUCCUCAUCGUGCGCGACACGCUCAAUCUAGACUUCAUCAAACAGAAUAUGUAGAUUCUUUUAAGUCCGAGAGAACAUUUUGCAGUAAAUCUGUUCCUGUUUGUAAGACGAAGCCAUGCAUGUAUGUAUCUCUUGCACAAAUUCUUACAAAAAGCAACGGAGAUAGUAGAACCGAUUUGCAACCA